AUGGGGCUGUCAGGUGCCCUCAGGGCGCCCGGCGCGCCCCUUGUGGAACAGAGCAGGAGUGCCCGCCAGCAGCAGAUUGGGAGCCGCACGGCUGUUCGGGGUGGCAGGAGGCAAUCAGUGGCAAUGGCGGCAGCUUAUCAGCCACCGGCAGUCUCCGCGACGAAACAGAAAUUUCUGGAAGAGUACCCCAGACCCGUGCCGGCCAUAUACAACACGGUGGUUCAGGAGCUGCUGAUCCAGCAACAUUUUAUUCGUUACAACGUUGCCUACAAAUAUGACGAGAUUUUCGCUCUGGGAUUGACCAGCGCCUUCGACCAGAUUUUGGAAGGCUUCCCCUCCAAUGACAGGGAGAAACUUUUUUCUGCCUAUAUUAAAAGCUUGGAUGAGGACCCCAGGCGAUACAGGUCAGAUGCUGCAGCCCUGGAAAAGGCAUGUGAGGGCUUGCAGGGUGUCGACAGUGUGGUCCCCAGUCAGCAGGGCUCAAACAUGCUGCAGAAGAAGUUGGCUGACAUCGCAUCCAGGGCAGCAGAUGGCAAGUUCUUCUAUUCAAAGUUCUUUGCUGUCGGUUUGUUCCGGUUAUUGGAGCUGACAGGUGUCAAGGAGCCACAGGCGUUGGGGGAGGUUGUCGGUGCCCUCAACAUCGAUUUGGAGUCUGUGAAUGCAGACUUGAAGUUGUACAAGGGCAUCUUGACGAAGCUCAGUGCAGCCAAGGAACUCAUGCAAGAAUUCCUUGAACGUGAAAAGAGGAAGGCACAGGAGAGGGCAGAGGCGGCCCCUGUUGAGAGCGAUGCACCAGUCAGCCAGUGA